GUAACUGCUGUAUUCCCAUGCUUGACGUUCGGCCAGGUUGCAGAAAUGGUAGAUGAAGGCAACAUCUCAUGUUGUACUAGUACAACGCUUUACAUGGGGAUGUGCUUGGGGAUAGGCUUAUGCUGCAAGUGGAAGUAUGGGUUAUGUAAACAGACAGCAGACUACCGAACUAAACUGAGGAGAAAGUUCAACCUUGCUGAGGGUCCUGCACUGGACUGGGUCACUCAUUUUUGCUGUCAUUGUUGUGCUCUCUGUCAAGAAUACAGGGAGCUUCAAUCCAGAGGCUUCCAUCCUUCUCUUGGUUGGAAUAAGAAUGAAGCGAGGAAUAGAGAGAAGAAUCAGAAACAAAAAAUGGAGCACCCAGUGAACCAAAGAAUGACAAAUUGAUCAAGAAAUUAAGUAAAGUAGGAAUUCCAGUGUCUGUAUUUCAAAGUUCAUCUACUGUAUUAUUUACGAAUGAAGUGUUGUUGCAGCACAUUGAGAUAAUAUUGGUAUCUCAUAGCUGAAAUAAUGU